CCGUGAAAAUAAGUAUGGGGUCAAAAAGCAAGAAGAGAGUAAUCCUGCCGAACCGACCUGACCCACCAUCCGUGGAGCAGAUCGUGGAAGACGUCAACCGAGCGUCCGCCAGCGACCCCGCGUUCGGCAUUCUGCAGGAUGGGCUCCAGGAUGCCAAGGCUGGAUUGACAGACGGUUUGGUAGACAGCCGAUACCACCAGAGCCGACAGUACCUGGAUCUGAAUGAGCGACUCCAGCAGGCAAGGAGCGACCUCGCCUCGAAGAGGGAGGAGCUGAGGGCCGCGGGGGAGCACCUGGAGCGCUGCAUGGCCGAGAUCAAGGGGCAAGCGCUAUGAUGUUGCCUGCCCUCACCCUCACUUUGGGAGUGUUCAGUUUUUGGGACUUUGUCAUAGCAGUCAAAGCCACAAUGUUUUCUAAAACAUUGCAAAAUAUUUUUUUUUCUGAAGAACCAUUGUAAUGGUAAUGUACAUGGUGUAAUAUUUAGAGAGUCUGUAUUUCAUAACCCCUUUUCUUGGGAAACAUCAAGAUUAUCGGUAUUGCAACAGUUUUGUAGUAUAAUAUAGUAUCAGUUUUCAGUGUUCAGCUUAAUUAAAACUAUGGAAAAACCAAGCUGUUUUCCCCACCUGGUAAAAAGGCAAAUGCUUGUUAUUAAUUGGUUUUUGUACUGUCAGAUUACUGAAGAUUUCCUUUAGCUACGUGAUAAUUUUCCAUAUGACAACCAGGUAGAGGCAGUGAGUAGUUUUAGUAUGCUGACACAUUGUUACUGUUAUACACCAGUGCACUGAAUGUAAGCCUGUUGAUUAGGGUAUUACGUUGCACUCUUGUGUGUGGAGCACAGUGGAGGGGUUUGGCAAUACCUUAGUGGCCAGUACAUAGUGUCCCUGAAGAGACAGGACAGCAGUCAGUGUCAUUUGUGUCACGUUUUGUACCAUGCACAGAAAUGGUAGUGAGUUCAAAUUAUCUUCAUGUUAUCAUUGUGAAACAACAUUGGCUGCUCCUGUUUGUACACUGAAGUGAGGGAAUCUACUUUCCACUCCACAAAUACAUUGAAAUGUCGCUGGGAUGGGAAGGAGUGGUGCUGGAGGUUUCUCCACUGUGAAGGUGUCAGGAAGGGGCGUUUGAGUGAUGUUUUAAUGAAGGCUGUCAUUCAUUCUGGGAAGUCAGCACAGCUUCAGUUAUUUCCUUCCAGCUGCUUUGUUUCAGGCCCAGUAGGUAAGAUGAGGCGCAAUUCUUGUUCUGUGUGAUUAACACAAUUUCCCCACGGGGAUCAAUAAAGUAUCAAUUAUUAUUAUUAUUAUUAUUAAUAAUAAUUAUUGAUUACUUGAACUUUACAUACUUUUUACUCCAUAAAACCUGAACAGAAAGUGUACCUAACUAUCUGUAAGUGCACAUUGCUCUCCAGCUGUAAAUAAAAUAUUUUUAAAAGUG